AUGGCGGAUUUUCAUAACAUGUCCAUGCUGUCAAUAGUGCUGUUUUUAUUUCUGUUAAAUUCCGUGUUAAACCAAACACUAUCAAAAUCAAUUAUUGAAUCGCCCUUUUACAACAGUAGUCAUCAUAUAACUGUUCUCGAUUCAGAAAAUAUACGCGAAUUAAUUUACAACAAGCCUAAUGCUUGGAUCAUCGAGUUCUACUCGAGUUGGUGUGGACAUUGCAUUCGCUUUGCCCCGACGUGGAGGCAGUUAGCAAAUGAUAUUCAAGAUUGGCAUGAUGUCAUUAAUAUCGCAGCUAUGGAUUGUUCCCUGGAACCCAAUCUUCAUGUGUGUAGAGACUAUGACAUUGGUGGAUAUCCCACAAUCAAGUUCUUCAACACCUUCAUCACAAAAAAUAUAACAGGAAUUAAGCAUUCAGGUUCACGCAUGGUUGUGGAUUUUCGGCACGAAAUCGUUGAUUUUGUAGAGAAGCACGACAACAAGCCAUCUCAUUGGCCAGAUUUUACAAGUCCCACUCUAGACUUCAUAUUAAGAUAUUAUUCUUCAAAACAAUCGAAGGAAACUGUACAAUACUUGGUGGUAAUAUUUGAAGAUAGUACUUCGUACAUUGGAAGACAGGUGAUUUUAGAUAUGAUGAAAUAUGACAACCUAGUUAUCAGGCGGGUCGUCAAGGAAACCGCAAAUGAUGAUGUAAUUAAGAAAUUUGAGGUGCAGUCAUUCCCAGCAAUGUACCUAUACUUUCCUAACCAAACGUAUCACCGAUUUGAUAUAAAAGAGGCUGACAGAAAGCAUUUCCGAGAGUCGUUGAUAGACUUUGAAAAACGCAUCAACUUCAAACUUGAUCCAAAUUUGGAGGGACAAGGUGCGGCUAUGGGUCACGAUGAUAGUUACCCGAAUCAGGCAGAGAGGUUGAACUUACAAAAAGAACAAGAGUAUGAUGAUUUCGACAAGUCCGAUGAAGAUGAAGCUGUGGGCCUUGCUGCUCUGAAAAAUCUGAAAUAUGUCAAAAAAUAUUCACCUGUAUACAUGCAGGACUUAGAGAGUACAUUACACUAUUCAUUCCGGCAUGAAAUACCCAUGCAUUCCAUUCUACAAGGUGAAAAGCUGGAUGCUGUGAAGAAAUUUGUUGAUGUGCUAGCAAAGUUUUUCCCCGGACGAUCACAAAUUACGAGUUACCUAGAAGAAUUAAACUAUUGGUUAGAAGACAAUGACAGCAGCCAGAUCACAUCGGAUGAUUGGUUGGAAUACGUCAAUGAAAAGUACGACCCAGAAAAGUCACCAGAUACCUAUUUACCUUCACGGUUGAAAUGGGUUGGAUGUCAGGGAAGUCAGGAUAGAUACAGAGGGUAUCCGUGCGGACUAUGGAUCCUGUUCCAUACAUUGACAGUGAGCGCUGCUACCACCAAUAAAGACUAUACCUAUGAGGAGAAAUUACAAGUAUUACAUGCGAUGAGGGGUUACAUUGUACAAUUCUUUGGAUGCAGAGAGUGUGCGACAAACUUCGACAAGAUGGCCGUAACUAUCAAAUCCACUGUGGCAACACCAGAUGAGGCUCUUCUCUGGUUAUGGCGGGCUCAUAAUCAAGCAAACAAACGACUUCACAACGACCCUUCCGAAGAUCCAAAACACCCUAAAAUUCAGUUUCCACCAUCGGAUCAUUGUCCAUCUUGUCGAGAGUACGCCGAGGACGAAUGGAAACAAAAUGAGGUACUGGGAUUCUUAAAAGAGUAUUAUCAUCAAAAAAACAUCGCCCUCCAGCGACUGAGUAGAAUUGCAGAUCGACAAGUGGACGUUAGGCAUAACCCCAAAUUUUUGGAUCGGGAAUACCGACAGGAAAUGCGUCAGGAGUUUAUAAAUGAUAGACUAGAGACAGUGCAAGAUCGGCAUGUCAAGAUGGGAUUAUGGGGAUUAGGAAUCAAUGGCAUGGACAUGAGUAUGUGUCUCCUACUUUACUCAUUCUGUGUAGCAUUAGUUCUGCUCUUGUAUGUCAUUUUCUGCAAAAGGAGACGGCGGAAGCAUUUGAAGCAUAUCAUCUAA